AACAUGGAGCACAACCCAGCCCAAGCCCAGCCGUCCACAGACCACCAGCAUUCACCACUAGCCCACGUACCCCGCAGCGCUUUAGCACCUCUAACAGCCGCGAGAGGAAGGCACGGAUGCCGCGUGCCUGUGGCAAGCUGGGUCAGUCGCUGGGCGACUCCGUUCAGGUUGUAUGGCUGAGUGCGGCUCAGUUUGCGUCUGGCACGCAAGCGGCCUGCGUGCCGAAGGAGAACAUGGGCUGCGCCAGCACACAAGUGGGCACCGGCAAGUUCCCAAUCCAGCACCGGCAAGGCGUGAGAAGUGGCACAGUGCACCAUGCAGUGGGUGCAUGGGCGCGAGGGCACCUAGGCCCGAGUGGCUUCACCGGUACUCCGGGCGACCGCGGCUGCUGAGGGGCAGGGCCGCCAGCAGGAGCAGGAGCGCGCUUGAUGAAGGACCGUGAGGCGUGCGCGUGCUGAAAGAAGAGAGGCGCCUACAGCUGGAUUGGAGGAUGGAUAUGGUUGCUGCAUGUGGAGCCAGCUGGACGGACUGGGAACUGACUGCAAGCUGCAGUUGGGGUCAGGAGGCGACUUGUUCGUUGGGGCGGGGGCGGUGGUUUGGCACGCGCAUACGUGCCACGUGUGUGUCCGUGCCUAAUGCCCCAGCCGCAUUGCUUGGAUGACAAGUGUUCCCCGGUCACGGGAAAA